CAGAACAACAACAGAGAAGAUAAGCCAUACAAAAAGUGAAGAGCGCGAAAACGGAUUUCCAUCUGACAAGUGAAGCUUUCCGAAUUGGUCAUUGUUGUGGAAAGAACACCAGAUUAUUGCGGAUUAUUUCAGUAACAGGAAAUAACGUCAGAAAACCUCAGCCUCCAUUGCAUCAGGCAGCGUCAUUACAUAAUAACCUAAGGGAAGAUGGAGAAUGGGGGAUAUGAGGAGUCUUCCGCUGAUGAUCAUCCAGUUGUUUCACCGAUGGUUCCAGCACUAACUACGUCCAGUGCUUCUUGUCGAUGUGAAGAGGAGCAAGUUCAGUGUGCCUGCAAAAAACUGUCAAGCCAGCCUAAGCAAAAGAUUGAGCUGCAGUCUUCAAGCCAGACUAAACUCUACUUUUUAAUCGGGAUUGCCGGAGUAUUUGUUGUCUGGGGUGCUAUCUACUUCACCUUGCUUGGCCUAGAUUACGUCUAAAUUUGGCAGUUUGUAAUUAAUUUACUCCAAAACUGUCAAAUUGAAUUACUUGGUGCUAGUUUUUGUGAGAACUUUUGUACGUGGAAAUGGCUAUUUUUUAUACUCUUACGAAAAAUUAGGUCAUUGUAAAGUUUUAGUUAAGUGUAAUUUGCUUCAGAAAGAAAAGACUUUACAGAAAUAAUUCAUUGCAGCUAGUAUUGUGCCAAGGAAGAAGUAUUUUAAAGUACUUCAUAAAAAAAUUCACUUGAUUUAAGUAACAGGUACUGCAGUGUUUUCUGAAAAUGACAGCCACAGAAUCUUGUAAGGAGAAGACUCCAAAUGAAGGAAAUCUUUGCCGUGGACCAAGUCUGGAGAUGCACAAUGUUGCAACGACAAUCAGCAGCAUUGUUGCAGAAACAAUUGAAGGCGAUCCAUCCCCUAACAAGAGAUUGGAGGUCUGCACAAAAUGCCAACAUUUGUAUAAAAACUGUGAAGUAGUUCUUACUCCUGCCUCCCUCUGCUACAACCAUCUUCAUCUUCCAGAGAAAGAAUCUUCUAGGAAAGAUGUUAAGAAGUUCUCUCCCUCUUCACCACUAAAGCCCUGGAAUGCCCGCAGAUAUGAAGGCAUCUGCCAUUGGGAUGAGGCAAGGCAAGUGUGCACUUGCGGUGCCACUGACCAACAUCUACAGAUGACAAGAGCAAGACUCCUGGGGCCUCGUUUUAAGAAGAUGCUGCUGAUAGGUGCUGCUUGUCUACCAUUUAUUUUUCUUAUAGCCUAUUUAGUUUUAACUUACAUCUAGUAUUGUGCUCACAGUUAUUUCAUAAAUUGUCACUUCAUUUUUUACUACUGCAUGCAUUACUAGUAGAACAUUGCAAUCUAUGCCACAAAAUGACACAUAAUAACAUGUAAAGUUCUGUGAUAAUGUUUUUGUGAUAAGCGAUUUUCAUUGUUUGUUAAUCUUUUAUAGAAAUGUAAAGUUAGUCUAUGAGAGUAGGUUAUAAAUUUGUAAACCUUUUAAGCUACAUUAUAUAAGAAUAUAUAUUACAAUAUAUUUAGCUACAAAAUUACUAUCCCUAUUUUGUUAAAAGGGAAUGUGUAAACAAUUUAUUCUUGCUAUUGUUAAGAGAUCAACAACAAUGUUAUCAGAGAUUUAUGAAUAAAUAUAUUUACCUUA